AUCAAGAGCUUACUCUAUUUCCCACGCAUUCGGAUAGAUGGCGACCAAUGCCACGCUUAGCGACAGCGUACAAAUAGCCACUGUCCUCGUUCGCGAGCUGAAACUUAAGCCUCCCGCCGAACAAGAUGUCCUCAGACCAGAGUGCGUUAGCCGAAGACGCUAGUACCCUGCAAGGAUUCUUUCCAUACCAGUUCUGUAUGAUUUCUGCUGCUGUUGUAGUUCUCUAUGAAUACGCAAUCACACUCCCGGAGGAGGUCGCCCUGGUCUGGCUCAAGCCUCUGUCGGUCACAAAAGUAGCUGUCCUGUCAAAUCGAUAUCUGUCCCUGUGUCUUGGGAUUGUCGAUAUGCUGGCGGUGCUGCCCUUGUAUUCAACGCUACACGACUGUCGUAGAACAUGUCCCCCUUUACUCACAAUUUCAAUUCGAAGAUGCUUGGUGAUCAGUGAAUUGCAGAGCUACCUAGUGCCGGCAGUAGAAGCCGUGAUAGCGGACCAGUCCGAUUCCACCGGUUCCAAUUCCAGUCGACUCAUCCAUUUGACAUAUAGGACUUACUGCCCUGCGUAUCUAUGCCAUUUGCGGCCACAGGCUGGUGCUCGCCUUGACGGCAUUGAUACUAGGGCUAGUACCAGUGGCUCUCAACAUCUAUCUGAACACACAAUACUACGAUGCAUCCGUGCAAGUUAUUCUGAAUGUUCCAAUAUGCACGGGUUCAUUUCACAUCUCUUCCAAUCUGAUCAACCAGUCAUGCUGUUACCAGCUCGCAUUUGCCCACUCAUAUCUGAUGUAAUUCUCCUCGCGGUUACUUGGUACAAAACAUUCAAGGUAGCAAGAGAAGCUCGCACGGCUGGAGUUCAGGCACCUCUGGCCAUUCUGCUUUUACGUGACGGCACGCUGUAUUUCGUAACAAUCUCGCUCCUCAACGUACUCGAGAUUGUGCUAGCUUUUACCGUUCAGCUGGUUGAGGUAGACGCAUAUGUAUACGUGUCGCUAUUCGGUCCCCAAAUGUCGUCCAUUCUAUUUACGCGAUUCGUGUUCAACCUGCGCCAAGUCUCAUCUGACCUUGCCGUCUCGAGCGAACGACCGCUCUCCACUGUGCCCCAGACACGGACUCUGGAAUUCUCGUCCAAACUUGUUGGCAAUAUGGAUGCUGACUUGGACUUCGGCCGAGAUGUUGUUGGGGACAGCGAAGACGAGAUGGAGGGAGAACUGGAAGAAGAGAUCAUGGAGGAACAGUUCGAUAUAGAUCUGGGACAGCCGGAUGGCGAUGCAGAUGUCAGAGAGGUCUCCGUCUGGCUUGUCUGUGCCUUUGUGCAGAGCACCAUUGAUUGAGACUCAUGCGCUGCACGAUCGGGCACAUCACCAUCCAGAGCUGCCAUAACACCAU